CCCCUCGCCGGGCUCGGCGCGCCCCCGGCCUGUGCCUGCGGCGCCGCCCGCGAGGCCUGUAGGGGCCGGGGGCAGCGGCGGCAUGAGGAGCCGCUGCGGCCGCCGGCAGUGAAUGGGCAUCGCGGCGGAGCGGGAGCAGCCGGAGCCGGAGGUGCGGCCGCCGCCGCGAUGGCUCAGGAGAAAAUGGAGCUGGACCUGGAGCUGCCGCCGGGGAGCGCCGCGGCCCCGAGCGACGGGGGCGGCCUGAGGAGAUCCAACAGCGCCCCGCUCAUCCACGGGCUCAGUGACAACUCGCAGGUUUUUCAGCCUUACGUGCUGCGAACUCGCAGGAACAGCACAACAGUUACGAGCCGUCACAGCAUGUUGUUGUCAUCAUCUCCUAUUCGUAUUCCUAGUAGCCGACUUCAUCAGAUCAGAAGGGAGGAGGGAGUGGAUUUAAUGAACCGAGAAACAGCGCAUGAAAGGGAAGUGCAGACAGCAAUGCAGAUAAGCCAGUCAUGGGAGGAAAGCUUGAGCCUGAGCGACAAUGACUUGGACAAGUCUGAGAAAUCUUCCUCCCCAAAGAGAAUAGACUUCAUUCCAGUUUCGCCUGCACCUUCACCUACAAGAGGAAUAGGAAAGCAAUGUUUUUCACCAUCAUUGCAAAUGUUUGUGAGCAGUAAUGGGCUACCUCCAAGUCCUAUUCCCAGUCCAACAAGGCGAUUCACCAACAGGAGGAGUCAAAGUCCUAUUAACUGUAUCAGGCCCAGUGUUCUUGGCCCCAUUAAAAGAAAAGGUGAAAUGGAAACUGAAAGUCAGCCAAAGAGACUUUUUCAAGGAACAACCAACAUGCUUUCUCCAGAUGUUACACAUCUGACCGAUCUCAGUUCAUGCCUGUCUUCAGAUAUUCUUGAUGGGAGCAGCAGCAGUGUUGGCUCGUCCUCUGACUCGCUGACUAAAGGCAGCAUAACCACAGAGUCUCCAGUGACAUGCUCCAACUCAUGCUCUUCGUUCAUUCUGAUGGAUGAUCUUUCACCUAAGUGACUUAAUCUGUGUCUGGUUGUGCUGUUUCCUCACUGUACACUCGUACAGAGAAAUGAACUCUCAUUCUUGAACCAUUAACACGAGGAUUACUGAAAGAAAACUAUUCUUGUUCCUUAAUCCUUGGUGACUUUCCAGUGAUUUUGAUUUUUUUUCCAUUUAAUGGACGUUGUAGACCAUAUUAAUGUCUGUUUUUGCAAAUUUGUGUUUUUUUAAACAAGAUGUCUGCUCAGAUUAUACUAACGUUUUGCUUUCAGGAACUUGCAUACACAAUUUGAUUCCAAGAAUAGGUAUCUGCCUAGUAGUGUUGCAAUUUGUAGGAGAAUUACUUCUAUUAUUAUUGUGGUCACUAUGUCUAAGGAAAGAAUUUGAUUUGGAGGGAUUUGAAAAUGCUGAUUUAUUCUCUGGCACUUCUACCAUUGAGUAAAAAUAUUCUCCUUGGUGUUUUUAUCUUUAGUCACUAGCUAAAAAUUCUUUUAUGGAAGGAAGGAAAAUCUUUUCUUAGUGCUGCUAGUCGUUUUUCUUACAGUGGGUGUGGAAAUCUCCCUCUCUGACAUUAAAAACCCACAACAAAAUGAUUGGCACUUUUGCCACCAAUGAAGAAAUAACAGUACUCUACAAACAUGAUUAAAAUAGCUGCAUAGUUCUCUCCCCAGAUCCUUUACCCUGCAGAUUUUAUGAAAUAAGGUCAAUAUUCAGCAAGGUUUGGCCAAGGAAAAUGACCCCAUGCCUCGAUCUAAGACGUACAGUGCAGUUAACAAAGUUAUUUAAACUACUGUGUAGGAGAACCAUAUUUGGCACCGCCGAUGUCUCCCGUGGCAUUGAGGUCAUAGGUAUUUUUGUGCCUUAGGGGGCAUUGUUAUAAAAUGAUGGAAUGUAAAACCAGAGGGGUGGGUGGGGAAAGCCCUUUUAUGUACAGCUUCUUAUAGGGUGCUCACCACAACCUGUCCUGGAGGCUGCUUUCCUUAGGAAUGCUCGCUGAAUGCUGUGGGCAGCCCAAGAGAGCAGCCAAGGUGAUGCCCUCUGCAGCUGCAUUUACACCUUUGUUCGUCAUGAGCAGGGCAAACAGCUGAGCAAAGAUUCCAUUUCUAAGGAAAGACUUAAAAGUUUGGAUUGAACACGAGCUCUGCGUAUUGCUUGGCUUAUGUUUGAGCUCUGAGCAGGCUUGCUACAGUACCUUGGUCAGGCUGAGGUAAGACAAGAGAUAUUUUACUUUUUAAAGACUUUAACGGGGCAAAAUAAAUCCGUUUGUAAUCUACUGUGUUAUGCUAUUUAUUAUUUAUAACUAUGUAAAAAGUCUGUGGUGAUGAAUUAUAGUAUUUUUUUAUGAUUGAAUAAGUUUUUUAUGUUCAGUAAUUGCUGGCUGGUUUGUAUUUAAUACGCAACGCUGUCUGCCAGAAUCAUAAGCUUCCGGUUCUGAAUGUUUGUAACAUAAAUGCUUUUGUUAUCUAAAAGUACAACUUCUGAUCUUUCUGAAAGAAAAUAGCACUGAAUUUCAAGGAAGAUGAUGUGCUUGAAAAGGGAGCACAAGCUCUGGCAAUACUGUCUGGCUAAAAAAAGGGAGGGGGACAACCAUAGUUAUUUGUGUUCUGAAGAAGCCAUUAAGUUCCCAGGAGACAUGUACAUACCAGGUUAUUUUUCCAAGUGUUCCCAUUCGAUUGUAAGCAAUCCCAUUGUGGGCCAACAGUGGCACUUUUAUUUGUAUUCUCCUUUUUCACCUGUGGAGCAUUAGUUCCCCACCUUGAAUAAAUGUGCAUAUUGUAAAACACUGUCCGUUGGUGCCAUUUUUAAAGGAGCUCUGCAGGAGUGAAUGUUCAGUUUAUUUGUAUAUGCCCAGUGCUAUUUCUUGACCUUUUUUGAUGUCUUAAAUGGCUUAAAUAUUUUUCUGUCCAUGCUUGUAUCCUCUCUGGUGCUAGCAGAAGGCUGCAUUGACAUCUACAGGACAUUGGUAAAUGGCGUCUGUGAUAAAAUUCAACCUGGUGCCUGUGCCCCAGUUUCAUCAUAGGAUGCUUUUAAUGGGACUGUGGUGUAGAAAUCUGAACAGGGGGUGGCAGAAGGGGGAAGGCUAUUGCAUGCUUUCCUACAAGUGAGAAGAGCACAGCAGUUGCUUAUUUUUGGCUGACUUACCUGUACAAUGGAUGUAUUCCAGAUUUGUUUGUUAGUGGAGAGUCUUCUGCCUUUGUAAACAUUAGAAUGUAAGCUUCAUAAAGCAAAUGCACAUAUACUCUUGUUACAGCCGUUUUUGGAGUGUUCUGGCUAUUCCCCACUCUUCUGAAGUCAUUGCUCUUUUAUAAACUAUGUAUGUAACGCAGACGCAGGCUGUCUCUUGUUUUGGAAUGAAUAGCAUGGUGCAGUGCAGUAGGAACCACCUUGGACCACGUUCUCUUUCACGUUCGUAGCUGUAAGACAAUGUGUUACUUUAAAACUGGGUUUUCUAAUACUUUAAUAGCUGACAUCUGCACUUAACUGCACGUGUUGCUGCUGUGGACAGAACCCAUCUUUGUGGCAGUGUGAAGGCUGGUACAGCACACUGGCUAAAACUGACUAGAAGGUGCACUUCGGGGCUUGGUAACUGGCUUGUAUGUAAUGAAUUAGGUAGGAGUGUGGGGAAGCAGGCCAGCUGGGGCUGGUAGUCAGCUUUAGUCUAUAACUGUUGACACAUUUCACUGUUUUUUAUGGCCUCACCAGAUUUCCUUAUGCUGAAUUGCUAUAUGAGUGUCUGAGUUCCUCUCUUGCAUCCUUGUUUUAAAUAAGAAACCAUUAGUGCAGAUCUAUUGCUGAGAAUCACCAGUGAUGACUUACCUUUAAUGUCACUGUUGACAGGCAAGUUUGAAAUACCAGUGUAAUUCCAGCAGCAUUUUAGAUGGACUUUUUAAUGUGUUCAUGAGCACAGCAUUGUGCUGUUGGUCUUUGACUAGCACUGCCUUUAGAUCCAAUCUGAACCAUGCUGAAUCCUCAUUUCAUGGGCUUAAAAUGCUGGAAGGGUUUUACCAAUGCUUUAGAGAAAUGUGUGUGUCAGCUGUGGAACUCUGUGUUUUGAUAAUAUCAAGUGUUCUGAAUCAGGAAAUGGAUUGCAGUAUGCAUGUUUCAUUCUCCUUCAUUGAAUUUCAAAUUGGGGAUCACGGGCCCAAAAGCCUGUAUUUAAGGGGCUGUUUCUCUGACUGUAUGUGAUUAAAUACUUUCUUCUACAAUGAAAGUAAUUAAACUGUCAGUGGGUGAGGAU